UUGCAUGGCCCAUUGUGGAAUCUUUAUAAGGAUUAUCACAUUGCCAAUCAUUACUUUUGAAAUAGAAUGAGCUUCUGUUUUGAAACAAAGCAUCAUGUUUAUAUGUUCACUUUGUUAUUUUUCUUCCUCAGAUAUGAUAUGCAUGGCUUAUUAUCUUAUAAUAUGAACUUGAAUCGACCCCACAGGACCCUGCAUUUACAUAUUAGCAGCUUGCUUGUGUUUACUCUGUCUUUAUUUGAAGAUAAAUGCUUUAGAAUUCAGAAAAUCAUGAUAUUUUUGUUUUUCUUCAUUAGUUAACUUUGAAAAAUAUGGUGGCCCAUAGGGGACAUAUUUGAUAAAUUGUUAAUUGCAACAUUUGAUUCCAGUAUUGAUGCAAUUUUUGUGAUUUAAUCAUGAAAAGGAUGUCAAAUUGGGUAGAAGCAUGUUAAAUUCAGUAGAACAAGAAAAAAAUUGUAAAAAAAAAAACAUGAACUUAUGCUACUAAAGAGUUUGUUAUAUAUGUGUCAACAGAGAACAAUCUAGGUUAGGUGCUUUGCCAUGAAUGUUGCCUUCUCCCAUGCAUAAAUAUCCCGUUUAUUAUUUUCCUAUUGAUUUCUUUUUUCCCAUCCCCCUUUGUAUAAAUUCUCAUAAGAAAGAAGAAGAAGGCGUUGCUAUAAGUGUCAGUAAAAUUUCUCCAAGGGUGCCAAGCUGGCAUCAAUUGGAUUUUUGGUUUAGUACCCCUAAACUGCAUUAACAGCCACUUGCAUGCUUUGGCUAUAAUAUUGAUAAGUCCUCGACUAUAUACUUAUUUCUUAUAAUAGUUUCUUGUUACAGGCUAUUUUGAUUCAAAUUUUAGCAGGUCAGUUUGUAAUUAUUUUGGUACAUUUAACUUCUAUUUUUCACCUUGAUCAACAUGUAAGCCUGUUUAAUAAUAACCAUUUUCAUUUUGUAAUGCACAGGAUGGAAUUCCAGCACAUCUGCUAUCCUCCUCCUCUUGUGCCUAUUGCCUCCUGCAAGCCAAGGGAAGUCCAAAGCUGCGUCAGCAAAAGUGUCCAUUUCUUCAGCUCUCUCGAGGGUUAUUCAAUUUCAGAAGACAGGAGGGAGUAUUCAAGCAUUCCUCGACAACACAAAAGAGACCAAGAGUCAACCGUUCCUUCUGGCAAUUGGCAAUUCCAAGGCCCGAAUCACCAACUACAUGAUCAUUGUGGAUCACAAGGCCAUUCCAUGUUCGGCACGCACGGUCGAAGCAGCAGUAGAUUUACUCUUCAAGACCCACUUUGUCUUUGGCCUGCAGUACUGCUUGUCUCUGCGGCAGUUCUGGACUUUUGUCCAGACUGCCAUUUUUGAAAUCGAUAUCGGAGUGUCCCGGGAAACACCAAGAGUACGUGAAAUUAGAUCGAAAUUGUUAGCACCAUGAUUUGCUUCAAAUGCCACAAACAGUUUGCAAUACCCAAAUUGGUUCAACAUUUGAGAUUGAAACAUGGAGUUAUUGAAGAUGGUAAAGAAGUAUUGACCUGUGGGCAGGGAGCUUGUGCGAGAACAUUUCAUACUUUUCGAGGAUUUCGGGGACAUUUGCAGACUCACCUUAAAACCGAUUUUCCAGAUAAUAAAGAGCAGUCUAAUGAAAAUGAUAAAGUGAGUGACUUUCCUGAAGAAAGUCUUGAAAGUCUUCAAGAAUACAAUAUUAAUAAUGAUGAGAUUGUUGAAGAUCAGGAUGUAUAUGAAGAUGACAUUUUAUCUGUAGAUACCUUGAACAGGCAGUGUGUAAAUGUAAUUUCAAAAUUUUCAGCAAAUAGUGCAAACUCUGGAAAAGUUGUAAAUGAUGUAGUAGAAACAACCAGUGCGAUUGUAGGUGAUGUAGUAAAAAGUGCAUCGGCAGCCGUUACAGCUGCUUUCUUAAAACAUAAGCUGCCUAUAGAAUCCGAGGCUUAUAAGGAGAUUCAAACACAUUUUGCUAUGCUUGAAAAGCCCUUUGAAAAUUUGAAUUCAGAAUAUAAGCGGACAAAGUAUUGUGAAUCAAUUGGACUUGUUGAACCACAAGAAAUCAAGUUAGGCAUCCGAUAUGAUAGUCGUCUCAAUAAAAGAACUAAGCAGUAUGAACAGAUUGCUAUUGAAGAUACAUUUGUUUACGUUCCCAUUUUAGAUUCUUUGAAGCAGCUUUUAAGCAAUAAAGAUAUAUUGCAUUUUGCUACUCAUGACCAUAAGAGCACAGAUGGUGUAAUGAGAGAUUAUUGUGAUGGUUCACAAUUUGAGAAAACCCCUCUUUUCCAUGAAGAUGAGAAUGCCCUCCAAAUUCACUGUUUUUAUGAUGAUUUCGAGACUGUGAACCCCAUUGGUUCAAAAACAAAAAUUCACAAGAUAGGUGCUUUAUAUUUCAUUUUGAAAAAUCUGCCACCAAAGUAUAAUUCCAAUCUUUCCAAUAUCAAUCUUAUAGCUCUAUGGUAUGCUGAAGAUGCCAAGAAAUAUGGAUUUAAUGCUAUUCUCAAGCACAUUGUAAAAGACAUUAAUAUCCUGUCAACAGUUGGCAUUGCUCUCCCUAAUGGAAUUGUGAAGAAGGGGACCAUUACUCAAAUAAGUGCUGAUAAUCUUGGUGCUAAUUCCCUACUGGGAUUUGUAGAGAGCUUUUCUGCUCAUUAUUACUGUCGAUUAUGUGUUACAAGUAAGGAAGAGGCACAGAACAAAUUCAAAGAGGUUUCAAUGGAUAUGCGCACCAGGCAGACUUAUGAGCAACAUUUAGAAGAAGCUGAAGCUCAAACUACCCAGUCACAUGUGUUUGGAGUGAAACAAAAGACUGUAUUGAAUGAUUGUAUUUACUUUCAUGUCUUGGCAAACUUUUCACUAGAUAUAAUGCAUGAUCUUUUGGAAGGCAUAGUUCAGUAUGAGCUGAAACUUGUUCUAGAGUAUUUCAUAUAUGAAAGGCAACCGCCCCUCUUGUCCCAAGAUGAACUGAAUCAGAGAGUCGCCAGCCAUUGCUUAAACCGUACAGAUAACAAGAACAAACCAUCCUUUAUUAAACUUAGGUCAGCUAGGAAUGAUGUUGGACAGAAGGCUAUGCAAGCAUGGUGCUUGAUUCGAAAUCUGCCAUUCAUAAUUGCUCAAGACAUUGAAGAAGGAAAUGUCUACUGGGAAUUGCUACUUAGAUUACUAGAUUGUAUGGACAUUAUUUUUGCUCCUCAAUUGACAGCAGGCUUGAUAGCCCAAUUGUCUAUUCUUACUGAAGAACAUCACACACAUUUCCAGAAAACCUUUCCUGACAGAAGGUUGUUGCCAAAACACCACUUUAUGGUGCAUUAUCCAACGUGUUUGAGAGAAGUUGGGCCACUCAUACAUGUAUGGUGUAUGAGGUACGAAGCGAAACAUCACUAUUUUGGCCGUGUUGCAGAAUCUGUGCGUAAUUACAAAAACAUUUGUAAAUCACUUGCCAAAAAACAUCAGACAGCACUAACGUUCCAUCUUCAGUCAAACCAUCCUUUGGAAUAUCUGGAGGUUGGGCCAGGUAGUUCACUACUUUUGUCAGAUUUAGAUGAAAAUAUUGGACAGAUUGUGCAAGAGCAAAUCCAAGUAGAGGAUCUUUCUACUGAAUUAUUUGAUGCCAACUGGGUUAAAGUACAUGGAACACAUUAUCAGUUGUCACUUCUGGUCUGCCAUGAUGUUAGCGAGCUUCCUCUGUUUGGUCAAAUAGAGCAUAUCAUUGUACACAAUAGCACUGUAUUUUUUGUACUUGUCCAAUUAGAUACAGUGUAUUACAAUUCACACUAUCAUGCCUAUGCAGUAGAAUUUAGUUUUCCACGUUGUCAUGUAGUGAAGAAUCAAAAGGAACUUGUUGACUACAAACCACUAGAUUUGAUGACAACUUUGUCGAAGACAGACUCGAGGAAGUAUGUAGCACCAAGGCAUGUACUUUUUAAGUAAUUUAAAGCUUUCAAGCUAAUGUCUGGUUUUGCUUAGUGGUAUCAAUUGGUUUUAAAAAUAAUUUUGAUCAAUAAUAUUUUGGACUCUUAAUUGUUAACAUCUUUAAAUUGGUUAAUUCGAAACCAAAUUGAAGUCAAAUAGCUGUUGUAUAUUUUCUUUUUUUUUCUUACAAGAAAAACAAUUCUAUGAUGUUUGUGCAUGAAAGCCAGUGAACUAGAAGUGCAUGGACUGAUUUUUGUUGUUGUUGUUUAUAUCCUGUUGGAAAAACGAGCAGCGAAUUAGUUGAUAUAGAAAUGCAUAAUUUUACUUUUUGAUUUUUUCUCCCAGGAGUAAAAUGGGAAAUACAUGUUUGUAAACAGAAAGCUGUAAAAGAAUGUUCACCUAUAUUAGAAUGAAUGUGGAAUUUAUAGUGUUUUUUUAAUGUUUUUGAAACAUUUGUUUAACCCUUUACAAGCAGUGAAGGAGAUAAAAAUC